AACCUUUGGGCUUUGGACAGCUGGUCGGUUAACCUUGUCACUCGAACACACUAGCGCUAGAAUGGCAUCCAAGCAGCCUGAGGCUCAGUACCGUGUGGAUGGAGGCGUGGCCAUUAUCACGCUGAACUACCCACCGCUCAACGCGCUGCAUCCUCUGCUGCUGCGCUCCCUCUUUGACCAGCUUCGUCGCGCCCACGCGGACCCUGCUGUUCGCGCGAUCGUUGUCACCGGUGCCAAUGGAAACUUCUGUGCGGGCUUUGACAUCAACCAAUUUCAAAACCCUUCUGCUGGCGCCGGCGGUGGCAUCGACAACAAGAUCAACGAUGCCAUCUGUGAGGUUCUGGAGGGAGGCGCCAAGCCAACCGUCGCUGCCAUCCAGGGGGUUGCCCUGGGCGGCGGCCUGGAGAUGGCCAUGGGCUGCAAUGCCAGGGUAGCUGUUCCGGGCACCAAGCUGGGUCUACCUGAGCUGCAGCUGGGCAUCAUUCCUGGUUUCGGAGGCACCCAGCGACUGCCCCGACUGGUGGGGCUGGCCAAGGCAGCCGAGAUGAUGCUCACCAGCACCCCUAUUAAGGCGGAGGCUGGUCUGAAACUGGGUCUGGUUGACGCUCUGGCCCCCGCUGACCAGCUGCUGGCCGCGGCCAAGUCCCUGGCUCUGGACAUUGCGGAGGGCAAGAAGCCCAGGAUGUACUCGCUCACCCGCACUGACAAGCUGCCGCCGCUGGGCGAGGCCUUGGCCGUCUUGGACAUGGCCCGGGCGGAGGCCAGCAAGAGGGCCCGGGGUCUGCGACACCCCCAGCUAUGUCUGAACGCAAUCCAGGCGGGUAUUGAGAACGGCGGUGCAGCUGGUCUGGCUGCUGAGGGCGCUGCUUUCGCGGAGGCUGCUUCCCUGGACACGCAUAAGGCCCUGGUUCACAUUUUCUUUGCUCAGCGGUCGACCAAGAAGGUCAAGGGGGUUACCGAUGUGCCUGGAUUGAAGCCCCGCCCCAUUCGCUGCGUGGCGGUGCUGGGUGGCGGCCUGAUGGGCAGCGGCAUUGCCACCGCCCUGGUGCUGGCGGGUGUGGAUGUCAUCUUGAAGGAGGUGAACCAGAACUUCCUAGAUGGCGGCAUGGGCCGCAUCAAGUCCAACUUGCAGAGCAGGGUGAAAAAGGGCGCCAUGAGCGCGGAUGCCGCCACCGCUGCCCUGGCCCGUGUCAAAGGCGCCCUGGACUACAAUGACUUUGGCGGGGCGGACAUGGUGAUUGAGGCGGUGAUUGAGGACAUUGGCCUCAAGCAGCGCAUUUUUGCAGAUCUAGAGAGGGUGUGCCGACCAGACGCCAUUUUGUCCACCAACACGUCCACUAUUGACAUUGACCUUGUGGGGGCCAAGAUGGAGGAUGGCGGCGCGAAGUCGGCGAGCCGGCUGUUGGGCGCGCACUUCUUCUCACCGGCCCACGUAAUGCCGCUGCUGGAGAUUGUGCGCACCAGCCGCACGGGCGCGCAGGCUCUGUUGGACACUCUGGCGCUGUCCACCCGCAUCAAGAAGACCCCCGUGGUGGUGGGCAACUGCACCGGGUUCGCUGUCAACCGGGUUUUCUUCCCGUACACGAUGUCUGCCGUCCUGCUGGCGGACCUGGGGAUGAACCCGUACCGCAUCGACGCGACGGUGGCUGGCAAGUUUGGAAUGCCCAUGGGACCCUUCCGGCUCAAUGAUUUGGUGGGCUCGGACAUUGGCCUGCAUGUGGGCGCCAACUUUGUGACGUCGUUUCCGGAACGUGUCUACGUGUCCCGGCUCAUACCGCUGCUGAAUGAGGCCAAGCGCCUGGGAGAGAAGACGGGCAAGGGUUUUUACAAGUUCGACGCGAAGACCCGCAAGGCCUCCCCCGACCCGGAGUUGGCGCCCUUGCUGGACGAGUCACGUAAGGCUGCCGCCCUUGUCAAGGAGGGCGCAAAGCCGCCCGCAUUGUCGGAUGCGGAUAUCCUGGACUUCAUCUUCUUCCCAGUGGUGAACGAGGGCUGCCGCGUCGUGGCGGAGGGCAUCGUGGACAAGCCCGCAGAUCUGGAUGUGGCCUCGGUGAUGGCCAUGGGCUUCCCAGCAGUCAGGGGCGGCCUUAUUUUCUGGGCGGACCUUGUGGGUGCCAAGCGCAUUGUGGCGCGGCUGCGGCAGUUCGCGGCGCUGGUGCCGCAACACGCGGGCUUCUUUGCACCCUGCGAGUACCUUGUCCAAGCGGCAGAGUCGGGUCGCAAGCUGUCGGCGGGCGUACCUGCGCCUUCGAGGCUGUAAGGAACAUCUCGAUCGAGAAGUACCGGAGAGGGAUGCGGAGGUGAUGGAAGUAGGGAGUCGGUCAUUGGGCAUCGAGUCUUCGGGAGGUAAAAUAUCGCAGGGCAGUUUAAAUGCAGUGGGUUGGGGGCAUGGCGCUGCAUGGUGUGGUAUGGCAGCGUUCUGGCGCAUUCUUCAGCGAGCCCAAGGAUGUGCGGUGGGCCUUGAGAGUCCUCAAGCGCUGGUCCGUGUUCCAUUAGGCUGGCUAGUAUAUUGCGUUCCAUGCAACCGCCACAACUGCCGUGCGAGGAUAUAAUCCCGAGGGCGCCCAAGGAAUUAUUUUUGCGCUCCUCAACAAUUGGAGGAAUGCGGGCAGGCGUUGUGCCGCCAAAGGCGCUUGGCCAAAUGAGGGAUGGUAAAUCUUCCCUGGUGUGCGGCGCGGUCAGUUGCUGUGUAUGCCCACACAGCGAGUUACAUUACAGCAGCCACCCCGGCAGCAGCAGCCGGCUUUGACCAAUGUCGCAUUGGCAGCGCACCUCACUACUGGAGUUUCCCGGUGUGACGCCGGCUCUAAUACGCGCUUGUAUUUUUUUGUCAGAGUGGGGAGUGUUGCGUCUUGGUAUAGUUCUAACUCCAGGCAUAGAGGUGGCGGGGUCAUCCAUCCGCUUGAGCGUCGUUUUGUUUGUAGGGCGGAUGUGAGAGCUGGCCGUUCACCGUGCAACUGAUGCUCUACCUUGUCAUGUCGUAUUUUUGUGACUUCGAAGGUGCUUUAUAUGGAGGGGUCAAAGAGGUCAACGCGGAUGUUCCCAUGGAACGAAACGAGGCGGGUUUAAUGCCGCCUAAAUAGUCUACCCUGUAAUACAAAGUAGGAG